AAAAACAUAUCCGGCGGCUGUUCCUUGGGCCACGGGAGAUAAGAAAAUCCAUAUGGUCCCUUAUAAUUCUAAAAUAAACACUAUAGAAACUUUAAAUAAAGGAUUGGAGUGAACGCACGCUGAACGGCGGAACGCGGAACGGAACACAACACGGAGGAGAUGUUUUGAGGUGAAGAGAGGAAGACUAAGUUUUUAAUUAACACCGAAAAUCACACGAACUACACGACCACGAGCGACCAGACGACCUGGGACAAGUGAAAAGUGGACGACCUUCACCUCCACCCCCGCACGAGGCUUAAAAUGGCGGGUGGAAGUGGCCAUGCAGGGGUGAAAUACGGGUGGUGAGAGAAGCUUAGAUCGCCUGAAGUCAAUGGCGAGGAAUUCCUUAAUGAUGGUGUAGCGGGGCCGCCAUGAAGAACAAGACUGAGGUAUCGAGGACAGAUGUGUGCGUCAGGGUGGUCAAGGGCACGCUGGAGGCAGUUACGGGGGUCAAUGACAAGAUACCCGCCUCUCCCUCGCCUCUCUCCCCGUCCACGCCUCUCCCUUCGCCACUCUCCCCUUCUACCCCUGGGAAGAUUAAAUGCGAGAGCCCCACCGUGUUCCUGGGCGCCCACACCCCGCCCCCCACCGGCCCGGGCGCGGAGGUGCGGGGCAAGCCUGGCACCCCCAUAGCCAGUGCCAGCUCCAAGGCCGCAAGCAGACCCAACAGUGCCAACAGUGCCACGGAGGACAAGGCUGGAGGUGGUGGUGCUGGUGGUGGUAGACUCACGUUCUUCAAGGAGGGCAAGUUCCUGCUGGAGCUGUCUCACCGCACAGAGAUGGGCGCACCGGCGGGCUGGGUGCCUGUCAAGAGCAAGACGUACUGGCCACCGCCCUCUUCCACCACCACCACCACCACCCAGCACCCCCUGCGGCACGACACCCCCACCUCGCAGUCUGUGUCAGAUGACUGUUCCUCCCUCAACUCAUCGCCAUGGACCAGCGAUCACAUCAGGAAGCAGCCACUGCCCCGCCCCGCCCGAGGCCCUGCUGCCCCUGCUCUGGCUGCCGCCUUCUGGUUCCACUGCCCCCCUGAUGCCCGGGUGCAGCGGCGGAAGCUCCCUGUGGGACGGCGGCGGCGGAACCCACUGCUGCAGGUGCCCCCGGAUGAAAAGGUGGUGGAGAAGACAGCCAAAGUGGAGAGCAAGGCGGAGGGGGACAGGAAGGUGAAGGUGGAGGGGGAGGGAGCGGUGGGCAAGGGGGCAGCCCGGCUGGAGAAGCUGGUGCGGCUGCUGUGGGUGGGGCUGCGUGUGGAGGCUGAUGUGAGCCUCCACAGUGUGCUGGAGCAGCGGGGCGGAGCAGGGGGAGGAGGUGAGGCUCUGGACCCCACCUUUGUGUCGCCCCGCAAGCGCUACCUCCGUCAGAUGGAGACGGACCAGGACGUGCCCGCCGCCCUGCACCGCAAGAAGCUCCAUUCGGCAGGGCUACCACAGGCCCCAGGGGACAGGGCAGCAGGCGUGGCACAAAUCCCCACCACCUCAUCCUCCUCCUCCUCCUCCUCUGCCUCCCCCUAUCCCUCCUCCCUGUCCUCACCAGGCCCUGCCCCGCACCGCAGUGGGGUGAGCGUGCUGGCCCCAUCUGUGUACAGCAUCGACUCUAUCCUCAACCAUGAGGGGGCAGGAGGUGGGGCGGGGAUGGGGGUGGGCUCAGCCACUAGUCGCCAGGGUGACUCCUUCCUCCGCACGCUGCUCAAGCCGGAGGUGAAGGCCGCCCCACCCCGGGCCAGGGAGCGGCCCCCUGACCCUCCCCCACCCCCCUCAGUGAAGGCAGAGCGGGAGCAGGUGGGGCCAGACCGGGGCGAUACCCUGCUGGACCUGAACCGCCGGCCCUCCCCAGAGCGGUAUGACCUGUCCCGGUAUGGCCCAGUGGCCGGCCUGUACCCCCUGGGGCCCUACAUGGAUCCCCGCUACAUGCUGAUGCACUCCCUGGCACCUGGCCUGGUGGGACCUGCUGCUGCUGCUGCUGCCGCACAGUCCUCAGACAUGGCACAGGCCCUGGCCGCUGCCACGGCUGCUGCUGCUGCUGCUGCCAGCCUGGGCACCUACCCCAUCGGCCCCCUGCCACCCCCCCUGCCUGGGGCACAGUACUACUACCCCCCCACCUCUGUGGCCGCCCAGCUGCUGCGCCAGCCCUCCCUGACCUCCCGCUGCUCCCCCCAUCCCCCAGCUUCCCCAAGCCCCAAGACACACCAGUAUCCUCCCCCCACCCCUGCCUCACCCCACCUUAGCCGGGGUGCCAGCCCCAGGGGCCGUGCCUCUCCCUGGCAGCCUCCCCCUCCCCCUGCCCACCCACUCUCCCCUCACCCCUCCCUGGCCUCCCCCCUCCCAUCACCACCACCACAAGAUGCACCGCUCAACUUGUCCAAACCAAGGAAUCACUUAGGGAAGUAGGAGGCAUGGUGAAGGCUGCGGCCCACACCGGGACAGGAGCUGAGAGGCAAGAGAGGAAAGGUGGAGCGAGGCAAAGGAAGAGAGAAGAGAGGAGAGGAGGACGGAGCAGGUGUGGUGUGGUGCGUGGAGGCCCCUGGGGUGCCAUGCUGUCACGUCCCCGGGGCAGCACGAGACGUGAGCAUCACACAGACGGAACACAAACACAGUAGUCUCCUGCCAAAUUCACAUCAUCCUCCCAUCAUCACAGCAACGCCUUCACUCACUCAUCUCCUCCUCAUCCAUCAUCAUGUGUGUCUCUUCUAUCUUGUCUGUUAUUCUUGGAUAAACAUACUCAUACUUCUAUUAUCAUCUCUCCUCUUCCCUUCAUCCAGACCUCCAUCCCCUCAUCCCUUACCCUUUUCACUGCUGUUUUUGGCCAUGCUAGAAAAAAGAGACUGCAUUAUCUCUGUCUUUCUUAAGCUACAGAACUCUCACAGAAACUGUAGUACAAAUAAAAGUGUGUAGAAGUAGGUGAUAAUGGCAAAAUAUCAAGCAGUGAAAUGGUUAAGGCUCUUCCGUGGAUAAACAAAACCUACCUGCAUUGCAAUUCAAGGCUCUAUUCCUCCCAGACUUCUCCCCAUCUCACCCCAUCGCUCCGGCAUAAUGAAAUGUCACAAUAUUGAAAUUCAGUCUUGCCUUAUAUUUCGAGUCUUUCCCCUUCAGCUGCCUCACUAAUUGUAGACCAGCCAGUACAGAUUCCUUGUGCAUCACUGUUUACAUGUGAGGGAGUCGGGCGCCGGAGAAUUUGAGGGUUUGGGGGUACACGUCCGGUUACAGAGACAGUCAUGGUUUGGAGUCAAGUAAUGCGCACUCACUUCCUUGUCUUGUGUUCUCUUUGUCUUGGUCCUUCUGCUGCUGUGGUCAUUUUUAGCAUUUGGGAGACUAAAAGAUGAUUCACAUUGACAGAAGAAAAGGGGUCAUUAUUUCUUCUAUCAUUCUGUUGACGUUCAGGAUACUAAAACGAUGAUUUGUAUAGAGACAAAAGAAAGAAAAGAAUUACUAUUACUUUCUGUUUCUCUGUGAACAUGCAGGACACAGAAAAAAAAAGAGAUUAUUAUUAUUUUUCAUCUUUGUGUUAACAUUCAAAGCACUAAGAUGAUAAUUUGCAUAGAGACGGAAGAAAGAAAAGGGAUUAUUAUUAUUUGUUAUUUUUCUGUGAACAUUCAGGACACAGAAAGAAAAGAUAUAAUAAUUUUUUUGGUUUGCAUACUACAGAAUUAUUUCAGAGUAGUACAAAAAUAUGCCAGAAAAAUUGUAAGUGGUUAUGGGGAGAAAAAUUGUCCAGCAGUCUUAUAAAACCAGGGUUGUAGGAGGUCUGAGGACUUAAGAGUGAGGGUAAGUGCUGGUUGUGGCUGUGUGCUGUGCUGCUUGACUUAACAUGGCCAUACACACACACACAGUCACCGUGCAUCUCCUCUUUCUUGAUCUGACAGUCUUACAAAAUCAGACUUUAAGAAAUUCAAGGAUUUACAAUCAAGAGGAAGUGUGAUGUGUUACUUGACUUAAAAUGACCACACACACACACACACACACACACACAGUUACCUUGCAUCUCUUUCUUUAGUCCCUUGAUCUGACAGUUUAACAAAGUCAGGCAUAUAAGAGAUUCAUGGCUUUACAAUCAAGAGGGAACAUUAAAUAUGGGAGUGUGGUGUGUUACUUGAUUCCCCAUGACUGUACACACACACAGUCACCUUGAGCACGUUACUGUAUCAUCUGUAGCAUCUCUUGUCUGGUACCCCUUUUCGAUUCACCAUGUCUAUCCUCCAGUCUGUACAUCACGGGAGACUGUCCACCUCACUGGCACAAGUUCCCCGACCCAAAAUUUAUCUUUGUAUGCUCGUAUAUACGUAUAAAUAUAUAUCUCCUUCUCUCACCGACCUGUAAAGAAUGCUAUUUUAUCAUUAUUUUUUUAAGGAAUGGCAUGAAAGCUUUUAUCUGUACAUAUUUUGACGUGUGGACGAGUGGUACAGGAACUGGCAGCAGCUCUCGCCCGUCACCGCCAGUUGUACCUCGCUGCAUACCUUUGCUGGCCUGGGAAAGCUGAAAGAGAACUCACAAUACACACAUCAUCAUCAUCUUCCCUUCCUUGCUCUUGGCUGAUCAACCAGAGACUCUCCCAGACCUCACUGCAUUGCAACAGCUUGUCAGGCACCAGAUGAAUAUGGCUGUGUGUGUGUGUAUGUGUGUGUGAGAGGGAGAGACAAAGAGGGUGAGUUUGUGUGUGUGUGUGUGUGUGUGUAGGAGGCUACAGAGAGCUUGUGUGUGUGUGUGUGUGUGUGUGUGUGUGUGUGUGUGUGUGUGUGUGUGUGUGUGUGUGUGUGUGUGUGUGAGAGAGACAGGGAGCUUGUGUGUGUGUGUGUUUGGGGGAUAAAGAGCUGGUAUGUGUGUGUGUGUGUGUGUGUGUCAUUUUCCAGUCAGGUUCAAGGGUUCUGGCAGCAAACUUCAUUCUCAGACGAUAUGGCUUGAGUCACAUUUGGAAGCUCCCCCCACUGCAGGGGUUGGUGGAGAGGGUGUGUCUACCUCAGGCGCUCACGUGAUGGAGAUCAUGAGUGGUGAAGUCUGUUCAGAGGGCCCCUGUGUGUGUUUGGAGAGCUGCUGUAUGCGUGUGUGUGUAUGUGUGUGUGUGUGCGCGCGUUUUGUGCUGCGUGUAUGUUGUGCGCUGUUGCCUCAUCCCAGUUUCUUUGCAAGUUUUGGAAGUGUUGGGCUUGCUAUAGAAAAGAUAAUUGUAAAGUUAUCAUUUUCUCUCCUUGCCUUCCUUCACCUCCUUCUCUUCUUAUAUUUGAAUCACACACACACACACACACACACACACACACACACACACACACACACACACACACACACACACACACACACACAGAGAGAGAGGGCUUGCUAUAGGAAAAAGAAGUCAUGAAGUUCUUUUCUUGAUCUUGCCUUCAUUCACCUCCUCAUAUUUGAAACAAACACACACACAUACUUAUCCUCAGAAGUUCUGCCAUGAAAGUUUUACCCCAGAUAAUUAAAUUGUACUUUCUUAAUUCUUACCUGAUGUAAUGUAACUUUGAUUACACUGAAAUUGUACCUGGUGAUAAAUUAAAAGAGCAGAUUUAUUUAAGGAAAUGUCUGGUAUAGAGACACAAACACACACCAGAGGGAAUGACUUGUACAAAUAACGUACAUAAAUCUAAAGAAAAAAAAAUCUAUCGCUUUUAGUGAGUGGGACACAGCAAACUUGACUCAAUUCCUGUAAAGAUAUGAAUAGGUAAACUACACACACACACACACACACACACACACACACACACACACACACACACACACACACACACACACACACACACACACACACACACACACAAGUAUCAACAAAGCCCCCCUGUGGCCUUAACUCAUCCAUAUUACAGGGAAAACCUCAUUCCUACCAACACUCACCCUGUGCACUCUCUAGGAACAAGGUUUUCACUACAGGCUGACCCUCGGCCACUCGUGCCUUCUCAGUGUGUCUUGAACUCUGCCGGACUAACCACUCAGUCAUUCAGUGUCACAGUCAGUCUACAAAUUACAUGUAAGUCAGUGUGGGUUGAGAGGCACCCAGCAUACCUGAUCUCUAAGUUAAUUUGUAAGUGUUGCCUUCUUGCUUGGCUCUCACUGGGUCACACUGCUCGUCACUCCCUAAAGAAUUAAAGGUGAAGAUUGGAGGCCAGUUGAGCUUCACAGAGGGAUGGUUAGUGGCAGGAACAGCAGAUAUUGUGUGUUUAAGCCUUUCAUUAUUGUUCGCCAUAUUGUUCCUUGAUUACUAACCACUCCAAGGCAUCUUUUCUUGUUCUGCUGCCAUUUCCAAACACUGCACUGGCCAGAAAUUGCAAAAUCUGUUUUUUUUUUUUAUCUUCUUUUUUGUAGAUACUUAUAAAGACUCCUUACAUUGUUUUCUUGUGCUGAGAAUUGUUGCAUACCUCAGUGGAAGUGUUUGUUAAUCAAUGAGUGAAGAGGCAGUCUGUUUCUCCUUCAGUGUGUUGUGAGGAAAUAAGGAGACUGCAAAAGGCCUGUUGAUAGACACAAGGCAGCUCCUCGCGGCUUAGAAAUUUACUGUACCAUCUUCAUGUAUUUACUCCAGUGUCUUGAAAUUUAAUGCCUGUGCUGUUGACCAUAUUCUUGCUUGUUCCUCUCAUCUAUCACCAUCAUCCUCAAAUUUAUCCUGUCUUGAAGUUUUAUCCAUUUGCACACAUCAUUCUUCCUGUUUGUUUGUCUCAUCUACCACCAUCAUUAAAUUUAUCCAUCUCCUCAAGAUUAUCUAACGUCUUUGCACUUAACGUUGUUGUUAAGUUUGUUACAGUCAUCUAUAACUUUUUUUUGACUUAUCUGUGUUCCACUCAUCUAUGAUUUUUUUUUUAUUUAUUUAUAUUUUUUUUCCUGGCAUCUCACAUAACUUUUUUUUUACUUAUCCAUAUUUGUUUCACUUCUGCUUAGCUCUUUUUUACUGAUCUUUAUUUAUUACACUUAUCUAUAAAUCUUUUUCUCUUAGCUGUAUUUGUUCUGUUCAUCUACAGCUCUUCUUUUCUACUGUCCUCAUUUCUCAAGUCAAUACACUCACUUAUUCAGCUCAAUAUCAGACAGAAACAGUGUUGGAAUCCACCAUCUUCAAAUCAAUUUCUUGCACCACCAGUCACAAACGCAGCACUCUCCUCCCUCCACUCUUAAUCUGUCUGUGUUGAUAUCCAAUUCUUAAGUUAGAGUAUUCAAGUUUCUUCUAUGCAGUUUAAUAUCAGAUGGAAGUGGUGUUAGAAUACAUCAUUUUCAAAUCAGUCAGUCUUUCACACCACCAAAGCCACACUCACACACAUUCUCACUCACUGCUGCCAACACGACACAAGCCUCUCAUUUCUGUGCUGGGAGGGUGGCGACAACCCUGCCUCUCGUUACUCUUAUCACCCUUUGGCCUGUGUCAUUGUGUUUACGAGAGCUGUUACCACUCUCUCUCUCUCUCUCUCUCUCUCUCUCUCUCUCUCUCUCUCUCUCUCUCUCUCUCUCUCUCUCUCUCUCUCUCUCUCUCUCUCUCUCUCUCUCUCUCUCUCUCUCUCUCUCUCUCUCUCUCUCUCUCUCUCUCUCUCUCUCUCUCUCUCUCUCUCUCUCUCUCUCUCUCUCUCUCUCUCUCUCUCUCUCUCUCUCUCUCUCUCUCUUCUUCUUCUUCUUCUUCUUCUUCUUCUUCCAGUGUUAGUGUUCGUUGCAGUGUUUCUCAAAUCAUAAUAUUCAUUUUUUUCCAUUCUUUGUGUUGAUUUCCAGUGUUUAUGUUUGCCGUGCCCUGUUUUGUCACCUUUUUGUUGUGUUUUUUGUUAGUUUUCUCUACUUUUGUCUGUUUUUCUUUUAAUUUUUCUUGAUCUGUUUUCUCUAGUUUUGUUUUUAUUCUUUGCUUUCUAUUCCCUUUUUCUUUUAUUAUUAUUAUAUCACCACCACUACCACCAUCACUAUCAUCCCUCUCACAUCAUUAUUUUCCCCCCUUCAUCACUGUACACAAUAUGAAAUGUCAUUAUAAACAAAACCAUGCAAUUGUAUUCAUUAAUGUACCUAAUGCAAUUAUUAUUAUUAUUAUUAUUAUUAUUAUUAUUAUUAUUAUUAUUAUUAUUAUUAUUAUUAUUAUUAUGCAGUAGAGUUGUGCUACCUCUGCACUUGACAACUGUAAACAAAAUCGUGUAUAUUUAUAUCGCUAGGUCAGAGUUUUGUCUCAGUAAUAAAUAAUAAACUUGCUGUGUGUGUUGCAGGAGGGUAGGUCGUGUUAGGAUGCGUUUUUUGUAUUAUUAGUAAUGUCACCGGUACAAGAGUCACUAACUAAGCUGUUUGGCUGAGAUGGGAGCAGAUGGACCCAAGGAAUGAUUGUGGGUGUGUGUGUGUGUGUGUGUGUGUGUGUGUGUGUGUGUGUGUGUGUGUGUGUGUGUGUGUGUGUGUGUGUGUGUGUGUUUCUUUCUCGAGUGUGUACGUACGUGUGUUCACAUUCUAUUUUUAUAAGCAAGACAACCUCUGUACAGUAAUAACCUCAGCAGCCUCAAAGUAAUCCCUCACAAAACGACUAUUUUUUCACCGUACAAAUUCGUAAGGUUAAAGAAGAGAAAAGAUGUCCCUGUAAACAUAGCUAAUUUAUCCCAUCACCACCACCGCCACCACCACUACCACCAUCACCCCUUAAAAAAAAAUCACUAGAAAUGUAAAUUUUUCAACCAUACUUCCUAAAAAAAUAUUACUGUAAGCUUUUCAUCCACCCAAUCCCUCCCAUUCACAAAAUAUCACUAAAUUUAAAAUUAUCCAUCAACCCAACUCAUGCCAAAAGAAUUAUAUAUCCAUUUUCUACUGAUGUUUAACUUCAUACAGAACCAUCACCCAUGUUCUUGUACAAUCAGUAAGCAGUUAGGGAAUCCAGAAACACCAUUAUACUCUUAAAUCUUUUUCCAACCCUAUCCCCAACAAAAUAUCAUUUUGAACUUAAUUUUCUCCCACCCAGUUCCACCCAUGCUAAAGGUUAUUACGAUAAGCUUAAUUUUCCUCCACCAGCUCCACCCAUGAAAAAAAGUCAUUAUAACCUUAAUUUUCACCCUAAACCAAACCCAUUCCCUCCAAAAAAGUAUUCCCACUUUCCCUUGCUACUUAACUUCACACAGAAUCACCACCACUCGUACAAUCAGAUAGGGAAUUUAGAAACACUGAACAGGGUGAUAGGAAGCACUAAACGCCAAACCUUAAAUAAACCAAACCUUCUCUCGCAUUUAUCCGUACAGCCGAGCGCAAAAAGUCCUGAGGGAAACUGUAUCGUCCUCAUAACAAAGUGUAUUUUUCUGCCGUGUCCCCCCCGUUGCUCGGUCCGGCUAGGCUAGGCUAAGAGCAACUCUGCAUUAUGGUGUCUGUGAUGUGAGGUAGCCAGUCCAUUCUUCUCCCUGGAUUUAUAGGAUUGAGCAAAGGUACAAAAUAUAAUGCAUUGAGGUGUAAGUUCCAGGCCAAGAAAGGUUUCGAGAUGCUUCGCUUUGGAAACGUUACAUUGUGAUACUCAAGCAUUUCCCAGCAUUGACUUGUCGUGGUGUACAGGAAACACUGCCACUGUGCAUUUAUUCUUGGAUUUGAUGCUUAUAUUUUGUGACAUGUGUGUCUGUCUGUGUGUGCGUGUGCGUGUGUGUGUCUGUGUGUAUAAACAGAGCCAGAUGAUGUGAGUGAGUGUGUGUCUAGCAUGUAAUGUUUUGUAGUAAUGAUGGUAUGAGGUCAAACAUCAUUGUAAAAAUGUUUAUAUGUUUUAUAUUGUGCCAAAAUGCAUUUCUCUAA